CGAAUUAUCCAUCCUUAUCUAUAGUCUAUCGACCAAUCAGGAUCACUUGCCGGCGUAUUUUUCGACAAAUCACAAUAAGGAAAUCUCAUGCAUAACCCAGUUUGACACUCUCGGACUUUCGCAUAACCUCACUUAUUUGUCCAGACAGAAGUGAACUGACUUUCAAAUAAUGUUGCUUUGAACAAUUUUAAACUGUGAUAACCAUUUACUUAUAUUUAGGUGUAGGAAGUGAAUUUGAUAAUGUAUUUUUCUUCGGAACUGCAGAUACUUAAAUACAGGUAGAUUACAGAAAGUGUACUUAGGUCAAAAUUUAUAUAAAGAUAUCAAUGUGAAGUACAAUUUGAUUAAAGAAAGGCCAUGGAUUCAACGAAAAAGCACGUAAAUCCAUCACCAGAAGAAAAAGCUACCUUCUUAUCAAAAAUAUUUUAUUGUUGGUUUAUGCCUUUCCUGAAAUAUGGAUAUAAACAUGAUCUUGAAAUCAAGGACAUCUAUAAUACCACAAAAUCUGAUCUUUCAGCAGCUCUUGGAGAUCAGUUAGAGAAGAACUGGCUGAAAGAAGUACAAAGAGCUGCAAAACAUAAAGACCGACCUCGAAAGCCUAGCCUAUCGAGAGCGAUAUUUAAAACAUUUUAUAAAACCUACCUCGUAUAUGGCCUUUUCCUGUUAUUCCAGUGUUUAGUGAUAAAGAUGUUUCAGCCAAUAGUGUUAGCACUAUACAUCGGUUAUUAUGACAAAGGUACCAAUGCAUUAGGACCAGAAAUCGGAUGGUUGUUAGCAGUUGGCGUGGUUACUAUGUCAUUCGUGAAUAUGAUAAUCAUGCAUUACACUAACUUGGGCUGUGUGAGAAUUGGCAUGCGAGUUAGGAUAGCAUGUUGCUCUUUGAUCUAUAGGAAGCUCUUAAAAUUAAGCCAAGGAUCCCUUGGUCAAACCGCAGCAGGUCAGCUAGUGAAUCUCCUGUCAAAUGACGUUCAACGUUUCGAUAUGGCUUCCACAUACCUUCACUACCUCUGGAUCAUGCCAUUGCAGUCGAUUAUAGCCUUCUAUGUUAUGUACAGAAGCGUACAGAUGGCGGCUGUAGCUGGUAUGGCAGCUAUUGCUUUGCAGGCAAUACCUUUGCAAGGAUAUCUCUCGAAACUACAGGGAAUCUAUAGAUCAAAGAUAGCCUUACGAACAGACUACAGAGUAAAAUUGAUGAGUGAGAUCACGUCAGGCAUACAAGUAAUCAAAAUGUACGCAUGGGAAAAGCCUUUUGAGAAGAUUGUUGAACUUGCUAGAAAAUACGAAAUCGAUUACAUAACGAAAACAUCCUACGUGCGCGGUGUCACCGUGGCCAGUUAUGUGUUCAUGGAACGUCUGACGCUCUACUUGACGCUAGUCGCUUACGUCAUCUGGAGUGGCAAACCGUUGACAGGUGACGUGGUGUUCUCGGUCGCACAACUGUACAACACCGUCCAGUUGUACAUGAGCAUCUUUUUCCCACUGGCCAUGUCUACAUAUGCGGAGGCGAGGGUGUCGGUGAAGAGGAUUGAGGAUUUCUUGAGACUGUCGGAGACAAAGUCGAAGGGAAGCGGUGCUAGGAUUAGCAAAGGGGACCCAGGAGAGAUAAAAUUGACCAAGGUAUCUGCAACCUGGAUAUCGAACGCAAUCGCACCUACCCUGAUCGACAUCAACUUCCAUAUCAAGCCAGGGACUUUAUGCUGUGUUGUAGGCAGUGUAGGUGCUGGAAAAUCUUCUCUAUUACAGUUGCUUAUUGGAGAGUUACAGGGCAGUGGAAGGGUUAAUGUAUCUGGAAGGAUUGCAUAUGCUAAUCAAGAGCCUUGGCUGUUUGUAUCGAGCGUGAGAAAUAACAUACUGUUCGGUAGACAGUAUCUUAAAAACAGAUACCAUGACGUUGUAGAUUGUUGUGCUCUCGAAACGGACUUCGAACAACUACCCUUUGGUGAUAAAACAAUGGUCGGCGAAAGAGGAGUGUCUUUGAGCGGAGGGCAAAGAGCAAGAAUAAAUUUAGCCAGGGCUGUGUACUCUGAGGCUGACAUAUAUCUGUUUGACGACCCACUGUCGGCAGUAGAUCCUCACGUAGCCAAGCACUUGUUUGGGAAAUGUAUUAGUGGAUACUUGAAGGGAAAAACAAGAGUGUUAGUCACUCAUCAAGUACAAUUCCUCAGGGAGGCUGAUGCCAUUAUAGUCAUCAAUAACGGCAAAAUAGAAAAAACGGGAACUUUUGCAGAGCUAUCGGAACAGGAAUUGAACUGCUUAAAGCAAGAGGAACACGAACAAAAACAGGAACAAGAAAAAGGACCAAAGAUAGAAUUUAGAGAAAGACUGAAAUCAAUAGCUUCUAUAAAUAGCUCCGUACAUAAUGAAGAAGAACCCCAAGAGACUGAUGAACUGAUCGAAAAAGGUGCUAUAUCUACCUCAACGUACUUAGAUUAUUGUAAAGCCGGAGCUUCUUGGAUAGUCUUAAUAUUAUUAGUUUUAUUAUUGAUAGUGGCUCAAAUAGUGUCGAAUGCUUCAGACUUAUGGCUUACUUACUGGACCAAUAUGGAAGAAGAUGCGUUCUUCCAUUCUAGAUUAUUGAACACUACAGGAAACAAUACCGAUUUGUAUCUUAAUACAACUAAUAAUGCGUAUGAUUCGUUGAACGGUUCAACAUUGAUAGCUGUUGCUGUAAAUUAUACCGAUCCGGAACCCUGGCUCGAUGAUAGAUCAUAUUACGUCAAUAUUUAUACUCUCUUCAUCUUUGGAGCUGUAAUAUUGACCUCCCUCAGGUCAAUCUUCUACUUCAAAAUAUGUAUGACGGCAUCUAAGGUGUUACAUAACCAAAUGUUUUCCUGUAUCUUACAAGCGCCAAUGAGAUUCUUCGAUACCAAUCCUUCUGGUAGAAUCUUGAAUCGUUUCUCCAAAGACAUGGGUGCCUUAGACGAACUGCUUCCUAAAGCUGCUUUGGAUGCGAUACAAGUAUUUCUAGUGAUGUUUGGAAUACUCAUAAUGGUGUUCAUUGUAACUCCAUUGAUGGUCAUACCAGCAAUAAUUUUGGGCCUGAUAUUUUACUGGUUCAGAAGUGUAUAUAUUGGCAGCGCACAGGACAUCAAAAGACUAGAGGGUGGCACUAGAGCUCCAGUAUUUUCGUACAUAUCAUCUACAUUGUACGGUAUUUCAACGAUAAGAUCCUCAAAUGCGGAAGAAAUGGUAAAGCGUGAAUUUGACGGUCUACAGGACAGACAUACCAGCACUUGGUUUUUAUUCUUGACCAGCAGUGAAGCCUUUGGAUUUUAUCUGGACGUCAUAAGCACCAUAUUUCUCUCUUUGGUGACUUUCCAGUUUCUCAUUUUUGAAGAUGAGAAUACUCUAAGCGGAAACGUAGGUCUAGUAAUCUCUCAGUGCCUCAUUUUGACCGGCAUGCUACAAUUUGGAGUCAGGCAAACAGCAGAAGUGGCUAGUAACAUGGUUAGUGUAGAAAGAGUGUUACAGUACACAACAUUAGAUAAAGAAGGACCAUUUGAGACUUUGCCCGCCAAUAAGCCUCCCUUAGGUUGGCCCGACAAAGGACAUAUACAGUUUGAGAAGGUAUACCUGCGGUAUGCUGCUGAGUUGGCUCCUGUAUUGAAGAAUUUAACCAUUGAGGUCAUGCCUGGCGAAAAAGUCGGUAUAGUUGGACGAACGGGUGCAGGAAAAUCGACGCUUAUUUCUUCGCUAUUUAGACUGGCUCCAAUAGAAGGUGCUAUCGUUAUAGAUGGGAUAGAUACAAGUAAAAUCGGCCUAACAGAAUUGAGAUCGAGUAUCUCUAUCAUACCUCAAGAGCCAGUAUUAUUUUCUGCCUCAGUUAGGUACAACUUGGAUCCAUUCGAAAAACAUGGAGAUGACGUUUUGUGGAAGGCAUUGGAAGAUGUUGAACUGAAAAUAGCUAUAGAAGACCUGAAUCAAGAAGUGAGCGAAGGUGGUUCAAACUUCAGCGCCGGACAAAGGCAAUUAAUCUGUUUGGCUAGGGCGAUUGUACGAAACAACAAGAUUUUGGUUAUGGAUGAAGCUACUGCAAAUGUCGAUCCGCAAACUGAUGCUCUUAUCCAGAAAACCAUAAGAAGGAAUUUCAAAGAUUGUACAGUACUAACAAUCGCACAUCGACUAAAUACCAUAAUGGAUUCAGAUAAGGUUGUAGUAAUGGACGCAGGCCAAUGUGUGGAGUUCGCUCAUCCUCACGAGUUGCUGCAAAAACCGAAUGGUUUCUUCUCCAAGAUGGUAGCGGAAACUGGCAGCAGCAUGGAAACUCACCUAAGGAAUGUCGCAAAGGAAGACUAUGAAAAGAAAAGAUUAGAACAGGAUAAAAAGGUAGCGGAAAGAGAAGACACGAAAAAAGACGAGUGAACCGCGGGAAUUGUCGAACAUUAGUAUAUGACAGAAAAAUGAGUUGUCUAGGACUAGCCUCGAGCCUGGUUUUGUAUGGGCUAAAGAGUAGUUAUGUCAAGAGAAGAUAGACACGGCGAUUAAAUUAGAGUGAGAUAGCUGAUGGCGUCUAACCACAUGUUGUUACUUAGCGACAGUUGCAUGGUAUUGUCAGAUAGAUAAUCUUUUUGGAUUCAUCCAUUACUUGUUAGCUGACGAUUAAGCUUUAGAGUUCAAAUUAAUUUUUGUUCAUUCAUGAUUGGGACAUUUAUCGCCCAUUUUUGCUACUACAGAUAUAUUUUUCAUCCAAUUAGACUUUAUACGGUACAAAAUAUUUAUGCAAGUGUGUCGAUCACAGCAAUCACAAAAUAUCGCCGACAUUCUAGUUAUUCUUUCACGUUAACAAUGGAUCAUUGGGAGUUUCAUUAGGUAUUAGAUCAGGUACUCAUAAUUUUGCAAAUCUGGUCGUUAAAAUGCGUGCUUGUCAUAUAUUUUCUAAUAAUGUAGAGCUCGCAGCAUAUUUUGGAAAAUAUGCAACAAUAAGACAACUGAAGUCUUUUCACAGUUUCACAUCCAGCUCCCUCACAUGUCCAUGUGUACGCGAACGUUUGCUUGUGUAAGCUCACUCGUAUAAAUUUUUUACUUCUCACGCCUACUGGCGAGGAAGUAUUGGACUCGCAAAAAAAUUCUAAAAUAAGAUAUUAUGUUUUUUGGAUGUUGUAUGACAUCACAUAAAACUGUCACCCAUUUCCGUCGUUCUGUCUGCCUAUAUGGUAUAUCUGUCUGUCCGGUAAUCCUUGGCCCGUUUAUAACUCGGAUUUUGAAGGAAUUUCCACACAAGGUUACUACUUUGCCAAGGACGAAAAAACUUCGUAGUUUUUGAAAAUUGGUCUAACGGGGGCGGAGAAUCUUGACGUUCCAGAGGAUCAUGAUAAUUUCUUAAAAAUGUUUUCGGCAAGCGUCGCUGCAUCUGUGGACAUGAACGGCGUUCCGGUGUUCGUAUGUGUCCUGCAUGACUGGUGCUCUGUACCUCUUCAGCGUGGUCUAGGCUUGUCUCAUUUCGAUAAGGUCUUGUUCUAAACAUAAUCCUUUAUGAAAUGAUGACGGCGUUGCGUGGAAGUGUAGACUCAACCUACUUGACGCCAUUAUUUAGUUUUGUCUAAGACCAUCUUGUCCUCGCAUGAGUUCUACAUUUAUGCUUGUCACUAUCAUUAUGACUAGUAGCUUGUUAUGGACGUGCGAUUUGAGUUUACCUUUUGCUAAUCUCCAAUAUAAAACAUAUCAUAGCCAAAACAAGGGCUGUUCACUCAAACCAAAGAUCAAUGAAGCCGACGACCCGCGGCUUUCAAAGACAUUCCGUGCAGUAUCCUCUCUUGGUAUAACUACUCCUUGAUAUUACUUUCAUAUCUCUCUCACAUAGGUAUAAAGAUACAAUUUGGUGUCAGUUUCUAGUGUGAAAUGUUGAAUACCUGUAGUGUUAUGAGGAAUCUAAAACACGUUUUAUGUGCCAUUUUAGCAUAUUCCUGGUUUUGCAGAUUAUGAAUCACACCGAAAAAACAUAAGUUGUGCCAAGUCUUACGAUACUUGUUUGUAUUGCUUUCAUAUGCUGAAAUCGCGCUGUUAGAAUAAUCGUAAAAAGUAUUAUGUUACGUUGCAAACUUGUUUUACACAAUUUGCUUAAGUAUGCAAAAGUUAAACUAAAUCUACAUAAAUAACGCCGUUAUGGGAAAGAAAUAAAAAUAAGCCGGAUGUGAUGCCAGAUUGGACUUCGUAUGUAAAGUUAAAAGUUUAUUUUGUAAAAGAAGAAUUAUCUUUACAUGAAGGUAUUCACUUAUAAAAAUUGUUUCUUUUUUCACAGUUGCUAUUAAAUUCUCGCGAUGAAAGUUUCAGCGGAAUACGCUUUGUGGGGGCUUUUUGCAGCGCUUUUUGUCAAGACGCUAGAAUGGCAGCUACCUCAUAUGUCAAAAAUUGUUCAACAUUUCAACAUUAGACGCACACUUUAUUAUGUAUUGGUGGACAUAUAGGUCUGUUACAUGCCAGCGCCAGCCAAAUAUUUUCCUUUGCGUACGCUAUUUUCAUCACUGUUAACCAAAGUCGCGCGAUAUGAACUAGAAUCCUCGCGAUAAGAAAUGUAUGACUACUGUUUCAGAACCCACCAUAGGCUCCCAAAGUUGUAUGUCACUUGAAAAUAAGAUGUAUUUUGAAUGUCAGUAGAGAAUCGGUUGUUAUUCUUUCACGUUUAUAUUUUCACAUUUUGCUGUGAUGUAUCAUGGUGUAAAAUAGAAACCUUGUUUGUUCUACCUGGAACUAUUCCAGAACAGCUCUGGAUUUGCGCAGUAUGGUCUCGUGAUGUCAGAGCUUUAUUUUUGGCUAGUGGCACUACUCUGGGAUAGUACUGUGUAGAACCUGACCAAUGCGCACUAUACAGGGUUUCCUGAAACUUAGAACUUCCUCUUCAGAGUUAACUACGUUUGCAAUACCAAAGCUAAAAACGUAAAAAGGAAUUGAAGAAAAAUACUCACUGUUAAUUUAGUAACGGAUUUCAUGUGCUGUGCUGUCACUUUUUGUUUGUAAACACUGCUUGAAGUUGUCGCUGUUCGAUUCAAAAACACGAGUUUGUUUACAUCUUCCUAAAUUUGUGACAUUUUGGGCUGUCUAGGUCUUCAACCAGACGGAUUUUACACGACAUAAACAAAUAUAAAUUGAUUUAAAGAGGACGAUGGCCACGUUCUGAAUACACUCGUGGAGUAUCAAUAGGAUCUUGAAGAUACUCAUAUCAAAUCAAUAACUUCCUUGUCUCUUUAGGAAUGUGCCAAUUUCGGUUUUUCAAAUGCGAACUACUUAUAAACUAGGUUAACCUGAUUUGGAUAUUGACUCACAUAGUCUUAGUACAUUAACAUCAUACGUUUUAACCUCGGUUGGCCGCGUGGGUCAGAGUGUCGUGCUACUGAUCAGCCGGCCGGCCGGGCCGCGAGUUCGAAUCUCGCCUUCGCCAUGGAUGUUGUGUGUUUGUUUUAGGCAGCAGCGGUGGCCGCAGUAGUAGACUCUUCGGUCUCCUGAUCAGCCGCCGUGCGCUGUGCGGAUUCGAGUCCCGUCCCAGGAGAAAUGUUUCUCUUGGCCAUGGAUGUUGUAAUUGUCCGUAGGUGGUAGAUGGUCUCUGACUGUCGAACGCGGAGGUACCACCCGGCGGUUCUCGUAGGCGGAGCCAGAAUGUGUG